AUGCGUGGAAAGGAAGCUUCUGCAGUCCUCGGCCUAUUAGCCCUGGUCAUUCCAGGGACAAAUGCCGCCACUACUCUUUCACAAUGUUGCAGCUUACUCAGUCAACUAUACCCUGAGAAUAUCUUCAUACAAAGCUCUUCAACCUAUGACUACGAGAACCAUCAUUUUUGGUCAGCAACUGAGGUUCUCGAUCCUCGGUGUGUCUUUCUACCCGACACAAUUCAAAAAGUAGCCGAUGCAGUGGCUCUUUUUGCUGAACAUGAAUGUCAAUUUGCUAUCAAAGGAGGCGGCCAUAGUGCCAUUCCUGGGGCGGCCAAUAUUCAUGACGGGAUUCUCAUGCCUAUGGAACGCAUCGAUACAUUAGAGGUAAAUUUUGCAGACGACUACAUACGAGUCGGAGCAGGUGCAACUCUAGGCUCAGUUUACGCGGCCCUUGAUCCGCACAAUAAAUCAGCCGUCAUUGGAAGAUAUCGGAAAGUUGGACUUGGUCUAGCAUUGGGUGCAGGAUUCUCAUAUUUUUCAAAUCGGGAUGGGCUUGCCAUUGAUAACGUACUUCGAUACGAGGUAGUCUUAGCCAACGGAACUGUGGUUCUCGCUGACCUCGACAAUCACCCUGAUCUCUUCUGGGCUCUCAAAGGGGGAAACAACAACUUUGGUGUUGUCACUCACUUCAAUCUGAGAAUAUUUGACACUCCUGGACGCGUCCUUGGAGGUCUAAUGUACUACCCCGAAUCCUCCCUCGAUGAGCUCGCCGAUGUCAUCUAUGAUCAUCAUGUUCACCAGGCCGUAGACGACGUUCUAACGCAUACGCUGCCCCAAUACGGCUUCGAUGGUGCGACAAACACGACUAUAAAUUUCUCUCCAGUAGUCUAUAAUGCCGAUGUGCACGAGUUACCCGAGAUCAUGCAAGGCUGGAAUGCAACACCACAUUACAAGAGCACGGUACAUAACCGUGUUUACACGGACCUUGCCAACGAACUCAAUGAUGGCUUCCCAGAUGGUCAAUUCCAAGUACAGCGCAUCAUGACAGUCUAUGCGGAUCGUGAUCUGUACAAGGAUAUAUGGUGGGAAUACCGCAAAUGGAUGCAGAAAUAUCGCGACGUACCAGGUUUCUAUGGCUUGCAUUGCAAUAUGCCUAUAACUCCUCGACAAAUUGAGCAAGGCAUGCUCAGAGGUGGCAACGCCCUAGGCCUGGAGGGGGCCGGAAACCAGACUCUUGGAGUACUAUAUUUUGGCGUCACUCUCACGGCCGAAUCAGACGUCCAGCGAGUCUUUGAAGCACAUGACGAAUUUGUCCAAAACAUGCAAAAGCUUGCCAAGUCGAGAGGUUUAUUACAUCCAUAUCUUAUGCUUCCGUAUUCGGGCUGGAAUCAACCCGUAAUACAAAGCUACGGUAAAGAACGCUUGUCUAAGCUGUGGCAAGUCCAGAAAGCGUAUGAUCCGACACAUGUCUUCCAGCGUCUCGUUCCUGGUGGUCAAAAAUUACCAAGCCCGGGAGAAGUAUCCUUUGUAGAGGCUGCGAAUGAGUUUCAGCAAGGAUUAAUGCAAAGUCUCCUUCAAUUUCCAGCAGAGUUCGUAUUACCACUCGGGUCACUUACAAGCCUAUACCAGAGAAUGAAAGCCUGUCUCGUAUCUCGAUAAAUCUGGACAGCACUCAUACUGGCUUCUUCCACCUCCAACAAUGAGCUAAACCUUCAAGUACGCAAUGCUGUAUGGUUGACACCCCAAUAUUCUUGUUUGCCAAAGGCACCAAAACUGACAGUUGACAACUGUGAUCCGAAAAAAAUCCUGGACUUGCCAUGGGAAGCCAUCAUAUCAAAACCGUCAUUUCUGGGAUAACUAAUUCUGUGAAUCUCGCGAUGACUGAUCAGAACUUAUAGUCCAAUUGCUCUUCUGCCUUUUUUCUUGGCCCAUGUGUUUUAGGAGUUUGCAGCAAGUUUCGUUUGGAUACUGUAAAAAAUAAAUGGAUUAAUUUUUUUUUCCGUAUGAUGCCGUUGCGUAGUCAGCUUCCAUUCCGACGGAUUCGGGUUGAGUCUACCGACUUGCAAAAGACGUGUGUAGUCUUGUAGAGACGACCG